AAAAUGUCUUCAUUUCCGGCGACGGCAACACGACGCGGGCGCGAUGCACGGCGUCAGUUUAUGAAAAAAACAAAAUUUAUUUUUGUUUUUAGAUAGUACUAAAUAGUGUUAAAUCAAUUGAUUCUAUUCUUUAAUAUUUUCUCCCGAAAUGGGCAAGCCUGAUUUCAACAGUCCUCGUGGCGGAGGUCGCGGAGGCGGCGGCUUCAGAGGUGGUAGAGGCGGCGGCGGAGGUCGCGGGGGCUUCGGCGGACGUGGAGGUGGAGGAGGCGGCAAGUUUGAAAAGCGCGGCGGAGGUGGAGGCAGGGGCUUUGGUGGCCGCGGAGGAGGAGGUCGUGGACGGGGAGGUGCAGGCAGGGGUAGAGGAGGAGGUGGAUUCAAAGGAGGGAAGCAAGUUAUUAUUGAACCACACAGACAUCCAGGCGUGUUUAUAGCGAGAGGGAAAGAAGAUGCGUUAGUAACACAGAAUUUAGUCCCAGGCUCAGAAGUUUACGGAGAAAAGAGAAUAUCUGUAGAGAAUGAAGGUGAGAAAAUUGAAUACAGAGUAUGGAAUCCAUUCAGAUCUAAGUUAGCUGCGGCUAUAAUGGGUGGAGUGGAUGCUAUACAUAUGCCUCCAGGCUCCAGGGUCUUGUACCUCGGAGCGGCCAGCGGGACCACAGUCAGUCAUGUUUCGGAUGUAGUCGGACCGGAAGGACUGGUGUAUGCAGUGGAGUUCUCUCACCGCUCGGGGCGGGACCUCAUCAAUGUGGCCAAGAAGAGAACUAACAUCAUUCCCAUCAUUGAAGAUGCGAGACAUCCCCUCAAAUACAGGAUGCUGGUGGGGAUGGUAGACACGAUAUUCGCUGACGUGGCGCAGCCGGACCAGGCUCGCAUCGUCAGCCUCAACGCACAGCACUUCCUCAAGAACGGGGGACAUUUUGUUAUAUCUAUUAAGGCAUCCUGUAUAGACUCGACCGCACAACCGGAGGCUGUGUUCGCAGCAGAAGUUAAAAAACUCCAAGCAGAUAAAUUGAAACCUCAAGAACAGUUGACUUUAGAACCUUAUGAAAGAGAUCAUGCGGUUGUUGUAGGAGUUUUCAGACCACCGGCGAAAAAAUCAUAGAAAUAACUGAAAAUUUAACAUAAUUGUUAAAAAUAUAUACUAUUUUUUCAAUAAACGACUAAUUUCUCAUAAUUUUGGCUGUGCUAAAGGAAUUUAGUACAAAUUUUUGCGGCCAAUUGCUAGAAACGAUGUCUUUCAAAUAUGACUUCCGUGUUUGUUAUUUUUGUAACCGAUACCUCGGCCUAAUAGUGCCUAAGAUAAAAUAAGUUAGUUAUAAGUACAAAUGUAUGUUUGUGAAAGAAAUAUAUGGUGCGAUUGA